UCACAGACAUUUGUAUUAUUACAAUAUUACAAUUUAUAUUUUAUAUUAAAUUAUAGUAUUACUUUAUUUUAUUCUGCCUAUUGUAUUACUUAAAAUAAUACUGAAAUACAACUAUGGUAAACAUGAGGAAAAUAUUAAACAAAAUGGCCGAAAUAAACCUGGACAAAGGAGGUCGACAUAUGGAAGUUGAAGGUAAAGAAAAUCGUUCUGUAUUUAUUAGCAACUUGGAUUUUGCUGUGACUGAAUUGGAAGUGAAAGAUGCAUUGUCUUCAGUUGGUCACUGUGAAGUGUUAUUAGUUAGAGAUUCCAAAGGCCGGUCUAAAGGAUUUGGUUAUGUGCUUUUUGAAAAGCCAGAAAUGGUUGCAGAAGCAUUGAAAAAAGAUCGUGAAUCUGUAAAUAAUAGACCAAUGUUUGUGUCUAAAUGUCAACCUGAUAAACAAAGUAGAUCGUCAGGAUUACGAUUUCCUACUGAACUAGAAAAAAACAAAUUGUUUGUUAAAGGUCUACCAUUGACUUAUACAAAAACUGAUUUAGAAAAUAUUUUUAAGCCAUAUGGAGCUUUAAAAGAUGUUCGGGUUGUGACAUUUAGAAAUGGUCAUUCAAAAGGAUUAGCUUAUGUAGAUUUUGAGGAUGAGGUAUCAGCUGCUCAAGCGUUGUUAAAUACAGACAACACAGUAAUUAAAGAUAGAACUAUAUCUGUAGCAUUAAGUCGGCCACCAGAACGUAGAGAUCCUUCAGAAAUUAAAUCCUACCCUCCUGUUGCUAAAUUUAAAUCACAAGCUUCACCUCUUUUAUUAGGGCGUCGAGCAAAACUAUCUUAUACACCAAGUGUAUUGCAGAAAAAGUCUGCGCAGACUACAUCAACAUCAGCUGAUGAUAAAACUCCACUAAAUAAUGAAGACUUCAGAAAAAUGUUACUUGGUAGCAAGUAAUUGGCUAUUGAAUAUUACUUUUGUUUCAAAAUAGAAAAAUAAUACUUUAUUUUAUUUUUAUGUUAUCUUUAAAUAAUUAAAAAUAUUUAAUUUUAAUAUUAUAUCUUAUGAAUAUACUUGAUAAAAAAAAAAAAUUAAUUUUCUUCUAUAAAACCAAAUUUUUUUUGUAAGAGACUUGAUUGUGGUUAUUUUCCAUUGAUUAUUCUUCUAUGUUAAUUUAUCUCUUUUCUUUAGUCAUUACAUAAAAAACAAGAGUUAUUACAAAUGAUUCAUCGUACAAGCAAUCUAUAAUGACAUUUGACUUUUAAAUUAACAAAUUGGCAAUUAUAUACUGUUUAAAAUCAAAAUGUUUAUUGCCAUGAUAAUUUAAUAUUUAGUGUUUACUACAUUUAACAUCAGAUGUAUUUAUAAAAUAAUCAUUACAAUCUUAACACCUUACCUAGCCAAUUAUUAUGAACAUCUACUUUUUAAAUCAAUAUAUUAAUAUAAUUAAUAUAAAAUCAAGUUAAAAAAAAAAAAAAUACUCAUAAUAACCAUGUCUUAUUUUGACACAUGUAGUCUUAGUUAUAUCAUAAUAUAUUAAAUAUAUAUACAGAUUUUAAUUAAGUAAA